UUAACUGCUCGUGUCUCUCUGUGCCACUCGUCUUCAGUUUUGUCAGCGUCUUCACAUGAGUUCUUCUUCUCUAUAGAUCUCUUCUUCUUCUUCUUCUUCUUCUUCUUCUUCUUCUUUCUGUUGUUGUUGUUCACUGGUGUCUUUCUUUUGUAAAAUUAUCUAAAAACAAGGAAUACGGAAAAGAAAAAAAUACCAUAUUCUUCAAAAAGCCGUGUUCUUUUCGCGUCAUUUGAUUGACUGAUUCUGUUCUUUUUUGUUUUUUCCAAAAAAGUAUUUUUUCAUAAAACAAAAAGAGGAUCCUUUAUUACACAAAAGAAAAUUGUUUUAUCCAAUUUCAUCAGAAAACAGAGUUGCUCUGUUGUAAUAAAUAACAGCGAAGAAAAAGAACUCGACUCAAUUCAUUUACUUAGAGAAGAAAAAGUUUCGAUUUUUUUUUGUCUCGUGUCAGGCGAAAAUUUCUCCAAAUGGUACUCAGAUUCUAGGCUUCGACUAGUUUGAUUCGGGCAGGAAUCAGUUUACGGGGAUCUUCGAGUUCUGUUGUGUUACAAAAAUGGCGGAAAGGGUCGAAUCCUCUGUUACAGAAGGAGAAAAUACAAUUGAAGAAAGAGAAGUAGGAGCUAUGUGGGAAUUAGAGAAGAAACUUGAUCAACCCAUGGAUGAAGAAGCUAAUAAGGUCAAUAACAUGUAUAGAGAAAAGUAUUCAAUUUGGACGAUUCUGAGGCUGUCGUUUCAAAGUCUAGGAAUAGUUUAUGGAGAUUUGGGUACUUCUCCAUUGUAUGUGUUCUACAAUACAUUCCCUGAUGGUAUUGAUGAUAAAGAAGAUGUGAUUGGAGCUCUUUCUUUGAUCAUUUACUCUCUUUUGCUUAUACCUCUCAUCAAGUAUGUCUUCAUUGUCUGCAAAGCUAAUGACAAUGGUCAAGGUGGGACUUUAGCGAUAUACUCUUUACUUUGUAGACAUGCCAAAGUGAAACUGAUCCCGAAUCAGCGACGGAGCGAUGAGGAGCUCACGACUUAUAGUCGAACUUUAUCCACUGAAGGGUCAUUUGCUGCUAAAACCAAGAAGUGGUUGGAGGGUAAAGAAUGGAGGAAGAGAGCUCUUCUGGUCAUUGUUCUUCUCGGGACUUGUAUGAUGAUCGGUGAUGGUAUCUUAACUCCAGCCAUCUCUGGUAAGCUUCUUUGCUUUCUUUACCAAAAAGAUGAUAGGUUUACUCGAACUUUUAGUUUACAGAAUCAUUUUCUUGCAGUUCUUUCGGCUACUGGAGGGAUCAAAGUCAACAGACCAAAGAUGAGCGGCGACGUCGUUGUGCUUGUGUCUAUCGUCAUUUUAAUAGGAUUGUUCAGUAUGCAACACUACGGUACAGACAAAGUCGGAUGGCUCUUUGCGCCUAUCGUGCUUAUCUGGUUCCUCUUCAUUGGAGCCACUGGGGUAUACAACAUUUGUAAACAUGACACAAGCGUGUUAAAAGCCUUUUCGCCCACAUAUAUAUACUUGUACUUCAAAAGGCGAGGUCGAGAUGGCUGGAUUUCGCUCGGAGGCAUUCUGCUCAGUAUAACAGGCACGGAGGCAUUAUACGCAGACAUUGCUUAUUUCCCGUUACUAGCGAUACAGCUCGCCUUUACAUUUUUUGUGUUCCCUUGUCUUCUUCUAGCAUACUGUGGACAAGCUGCGUAUCUUGUGAAUAAUACGGACCACUAUAAAGACGCGUUCUAUGCAUCUAUCCCGGACAGUGUAUAUUGGCCGAUGUUCGUGUUCGCGACAGGAGCUGCAAUCGUUGGGAGCCAAGCUACGAUAUCAGGGACUUAUUCGAUAGUCAAGCAAGCUGUAGCUCAUGGAUGUUUUCCUCGAGUUAAAAUUGUUCAUACCUCCAAGAAGUUCAUCGGUCAGAUCUAUUGCCCUGAUAUUAAUUGGAUACUCAUGCUAGGCUGCAUCGCGGUCACUGCUAGUUUCAAAAAUCAGAGCCAAAUUGGAAAUGCAUAUGGGACCGCGGUUGUUCUCGUGAUGCUUGUGACCACAAUACUAAUGGUGUUAAUCAUGCUUCUCGUGUGGCAUUGCCACUGGAUCCUUGUCCUUAUAUUCACCGUUCUCUCCCUCUUUGUUGAAUUAUCUUACUUCUCGGCUGUGAUCUUUAAGAUCGAUGAAGGAGGAUGGGUUCCGCUCAUCAUAGCAGCGAUCUCUCUUCUCGUAAUGUCAGUAUGGCAUUACGCAACAGUCAAGAAAUAUGAGUUUGAAAUGCAUAGCAAAGUGUCCAUGAGCUGGAUACUCGGCCUCGGUCCUAGCCUCGGGCUCGUCCGUGUCCCUGGGAUCGGGCUAGUCUAUACGGAAUUAGCGAGUGGUGUCCCUCACAUUUUCUCUCACUUCAUUACCAACCUCCCCGCAAUUCAUUCAGUUGUAGUCUUUGUCUGCGUCAAGUACCUUCCGGUUUACACCGUCACUGAAGAAGAGAGGUUUCUUGUGAAGAGGAUUGGACCAAAAACAUUCCGAAUAUUCCGCUGCGUAGCCAGAUAUGGUUACAAAGAUCUACACAAGAAAGACGACGAUUUCGAAAACAAAUUAUUGAAUAGCCUCUCCUCAUUCAUUCGACUCGAAACAAUGAUGGAGCCAGCUUCAAACUCAAGCACCUACAGCAGUACGUAUUCUGUCAACCAUACACUAGAGUCCAGAGAAGACUUAAACCAUAAUAACAACAACCACCACCACAAUAGCUACAACAACAAUAACAACAUUGAUAUGUUCUCAUCGAUGGUGGACGACACAGUAUCAACUUUAGAUACGAUAGUUCCCGCUGGUUCACCGCAUAACGCGCUGAGUUUCAGUCAGGCAAACACAAUAGAGGAGGAGGAGGUGGAGGUGGAUGAGUUGGAGGUUCUAAAGAACUGUAAAGAAUCAGGGGUUGUUCAUAUUAUGGGAAACACUGUGGUGAAAGCAAGAAAUGGAUCAUGGCUUCCAAAAAAGAUUGCCAUUGAUUAUGUUUAUGCAUUUCUUGCUAAGGUUUGUAGGGAGAAUAGUGUUAUCUUGCAUGUUCCUCAUGAAACCCUUUUGAACGUUGGACAAGUCUUUUAUGUUUAGUUUUUUUUUUUUUCGUCUUUGUAAAACAAUUACAGAUAAAGAGGAAUAAAAGGAUAUUAAAUUUAAGAUUA